AUGUGGGGCCUGGUGAGGCUCCUGCUGGCCUGGCUGGGUGGCUGGGGCUGCAUGGGGCGCCUGGCAGCCCCAGCCCGGGCUUGGGCAGGGUCCCGGGGGGGCCCAGAACCAUCACUGCUUCGGACCCGAAGGAGCUGGGUGUGGAACCAGUUCUUUGUCAUUGAGGAGUACGCUGGACCAGAGCCUGUCCUUAUUGGCAAGCUGCAUUCAGAUGUGGACAGGGGUGAGGGCCGCACCAAGUACCUGCUGACCGGAGAGGGCGCGGGCACCGUAUUUGUGAUUGAUGAGGCCACAGGCAAUAUCCAUGUCACCAAGAGCCUGGACCGGGAGGAAAAGGCACAGUAUGUGCUACUGGCCCAAGCCGUGGACCGAGCCUCCAACCGACCCCUGGAGCCCCCGUCAGAGUUCAUUAUCAAGGUGCAAGACAUCAACGACAACCCACCCAUCUUUCCCCUCGGGCCCUACCAUGCCACAGUGCCCGAGAUGUCGAAUGUGGGGACAUCAGUGAUCCAGGUGACUGCUCACGACGCCGAUGACCCCAGCUAUGGGAACAGCGCCAAGUUGGUGUACACUGUGUUGGACGGACUGCCUUUCUUCUCUGUGGACCCCCAGACUGGAGUGGUGCGGACUGCCAUCCCCAACAUGGACCGGGAGACGCAGGAGGAGUUCUUAGUGGUGAUUCAAGCCAAGGACAUGGGCGGCCACAUGGGGGGGCUGUCGGGCAGCACCACGGUGACUGUCACCCUCAGCGAUGUCAACGACAAUCCCCCCAAGUUCCCUCAGAGCCUGUACCAGUUCUCUGUGGUGGAGACCGCUGGGCCGGGUACCCUGGUGGGCCGGUUGCGGGCCCAGGACCCAGACCUGGGGGACAACGCCCUCAUGGCAUACAGCAUCCUCGACGGGGAGGGGUCGGAGGCCUUCAGCAUCAGCACAGACUCCCAGGGUCGAGAUGGGCUCCUCACUGUCCGCAAGCCCUUAGACUUUGAGACCCGUCGCGCCUACUCUUUCCGCGUGGAGGCCACCAAUACGCUCAUCGACCCAGCCUAUCUGCGGCGAGGGCCCUUCAAGGAUGUGGCCUCGGUGCGCGUGGCUGUGCAGGACGCUCCAGAGCCACCUGCUUUCACCCAGGCUGCCUACCGCCUGGCCGUGCCUGAGAACAAGGGUCCUGGGACCCUCGUGGGCCAGGUGUCAGCCACCGACCUGGACUCGCCUGCCAGCCCCAUCAGAUACUCCAUCCUCCCGCACUCGGACCUGGAGCGCUGCUUCUCCAUCGAGCCUGAGGACGGCACCAUCCGCACGGCAGUGCCCCUGGACCGAGAGGCUCGUGUCUGGCACAACCUCACAGUGCUGGCCACAGAACUUGACAGCUCUGCACAGGCCUCCCGGGUGCAAGUGGCCAUCCAGACCCUGGACGAGAAUGACAACGCUCCCCAGCUGGCUGAGCCCUAUGACACCUUUGUGUGCGAUUCUGCAGCCCCUGGCCAGCUGAUUCAGGUCAUCCGAGCCCUGGACAGAGACGAAGUCGGCAACAAUAGCCGUGUCUCCUUUCAUGGCCCUCUGGGCCCCGAUGCCAACUUCACUGUCCGGGACAACCAAGAUGGCUCCGCCAGCAUGCUGCUGCCCUCUCGCCCCGCUCCACCCCGCCAGGCCCCCUACCUGGUUCCCAUAGAACUGUGGGACUGGGGGCAGCCAAUACUGAGCAGUACAGCCACGGUAACUGUCAGUGUGUGCCGCUGCCGGCCUGAUGGCUCCGUGGCGUCCUGCAGGCCCGAGGCUCAGCUCUCACCUGCUGGGCUCAGCACCGGGGCCCUGCUUGCCAUCGUCACCUGCGUGGGCACGCUGCUGGCCCUGGUGGUGCUCUUCGUGGCUCUGCGGCGCCAGAAGCAAGAAGCCCUGAUGGUGCUCGAAGAGGAGGACGUGCGCGAGAACAUCAUCACCUACGACGACGAGGGCGGUGGAGAGGAGGACACGGAGGCCUUCGACAUCAGCGCCCUGCAGAACCCUGACGGGGCCGUCCCGCCGGCGCCGGGCCCACCCGCGCGCCGCGAUGUGCUGCCCUGGGCGCGGGCGCCACGCCAGCCCCGGCCCCCCGGCCCCGCCGACGUGGCGCAGCUGCUGGCGCUGCGGCUGCGCGAGGCGGACGAGGACCCCAGCGUGCCACCCUACGACUCCGUGCAGGUGUAUGGCUACGAGGGCCGCGGCUCUUCCUGCGGCUCCCUCAGCUCCCUGGGCUCCGGCAGCGAGCUCGGCGGCGCCCCGGGCCCGGCUGAGCCGCUGGACGACUGGGGGCCGCUCUUUCGCACCCUGGCCGAGCUCUACGGGGCCAAGGAGCCCCCGGCCCCCUGA